UGUGCUUUUACUUUCUCUCUCUACCAAGCUAUAUAAACAUAAUCUUACCAUGGUUUCAAGCUUCAAUAGCUAUCAAAUCGAUUUAUUUCAACUACAUUAUCACCACCAAUUCACAUAAAAAAAAGCUCUGAUGGAAACUAAGUCAUCAAAAUACAACGUCCUCUUAUAUGUUUUUGUUCUUGUGCUGGUUUUGUCUCCAACAGUACUACUCACAUGUCAGGCAACUAGCGUGCAUCUAGGAGGUGGAGGGCGUAAGCUGAUGGUACCAUCACCACCAAUUCGCAUGUGUCCACAGUGUGUGUGUUGCGCACCAGCUGCACCGGGCUAUUGCUGCCCAUGUCGUUGUCCCAAUGGUCCUUAACGACUGUGACGUUGUUAUGAAAGGGGAUAUUGUAAAAUGUCAGAUAUGUAUUUAAUAUUUGUAUGUAUGAAUAAGUAAAAACUGUACCACUCUUUAAGCUUUGAAUAAGAAAACUUUUGGAGUUUUGAUGAUGAGUUUUUAA